AUGCAAGAGCUGUCACAAGAGAAAGAGGAGUUACACAACUUCAGUCUGGCUUUGUCCAGCCUGCAGCAUGUUCUCAUGCCCAGAGACUGCAGUCACGUCAUGGCGGCGGGAAAGUCCCAAAGUGGAGUCUAUACCAUCUUUAGCGGGUCCAACAGCUUCAAGGCUUACUGCAACAUGAACCUGGACGGGGGAGACUGGACCGUAAUCAUGCUCGUUUGCUCCGCUGAUGGUGUGCGUGUGUGUUUGCAGGUGAUCCAGAGGAGAAAGGACGGCUCCGUCGACUUCUUUCGGGGUUGGAACGACUAUCGAAAGGGCUUUGGAGACCUCGCCGGAGAGCACUGGCUCGGCCUGCAAAACAUCCACGCUCUGACGGCCUCGGGCGCUUACCAGUUGCGGAUCGACUUGACCAUAUUCGACGGCGUCAAAUACUACGCUCUCUACGACGACUUCUCGGUGGGCCGGAACUCGCUGGACCCCGAGAAGGACGGCUACCCGCUGCUUGUGAGCGGCUACUCUGGAAACGCAGACGAUCGAUUCACCUACCAUUCUGGGAUGAAGUUCAGCACCAAAGACCGCGUCCAAGACAAGAGUGGUGGCAAUUGCGCCAUUGAACGGAAGGGCGCUUGGUGGUACAACGACUGUGCCAGCUGCAACCUGAACGGGCUGUACAAGGCAACCGGCACCUGCGACAAAACCAAUGCAUUAUGGUUAGAUUUGGGGCCAUCACGUUUUACCUGCCUGAGAUUCGUGGAGAUGAAGAUCCGGCCCAGAAAGUGAGCGGUCAGCCGGCGGAGCCUGGGAACGGCAUCCCCGUGGGAUCACGUGGGUGCUGCCCGACGUCACCCAUUUGUGCAGCGCUCGUCAAGUAAAAUGGCGGUGCGCAAAUGUGUGUCGGAUUUGGCCCGGGCAAAUGGGCUCAAGUGCAAUUCCGAAUUUCCCCAGAAGCUUGACACGAGAGACACCUGACAAACGGUUAGUUGGAAGUUAGUUCCUCAAAAUGAAGUCUUAUCAAAAAGCAGUUCGGCGCUGUUGCGGUUCCAAAUUUCACCAGCAGACGGUGCCAAAUUUAGACUGCCGUGACAUGUUAAGUCCGUCGUUAGAUUAGUCGAAGUUAUUGACUCGGGAAACACGACCUGUUUUGAAUGACACGCACACGCGCCCGCACACACACACACACUCACUCACUUUUGGAUCAUUUUAGGAUGCUUUGCUUUGCUA